AUGUUCACCUCUGAUACCCUCAAUAAGCUCCUAUAUCCUAACCGCGCACAGCCCAUACUCUACUUCCUCCUCCGCUCCCUCUACUACCUCACCCUCCACCCCCUCUCACGUUUCCCAGGCCCCAAACUCUGGGCCAUCUCCCGCCUACCCUGGCACUAUGUCAACCUCCGCGGCGACCUCGCAUGGCGCAUCCGCGACAUGCACAUCUACUACAACAGCCCCGUGAUACGCAUCGCACCCGACGAGCUAUCCUACACCAGCAGCACAGCCUUGAAGAAGAUCGACGGCUCACCCCCACCACGCGAAUUUCUAAAGUGUCUGGAUGGCCGUGGAAUCGCUCCUGCGGUCGUGAACGGUCGUCGUAGUAUCGUUACCGAGACGCCUGAGCGCCAUGCCGUACUACGGCGUGCGCUUCAGCCAGCGUUUAGUGAACGCGCUUUGCGGGAUCAAGAAGAUUUCUUUCGGGACCACACUGAUCGGCUUGUUGCUCAGUUACGGAAACCGCAAUAUCAUGCUGUAGAGCAGAAUAUCCUCCGUUGGUUCAGCCUGUUGAGUUUCGACAUCAUGAGCGACCUGGCCUUUGGACAACCAGCCGGCUGUCUCGACCGCGCCGAUGAGCCCUGGCUUGACGUUAUUGGGUCGCGCGUCAAAAGCAUUGUUUGGUAUCAACUCGCUACGUACUACCAUAUCGAGUGGAUACUCAAAUGGACGGCACCCAAAGCGGCCAUGGAGGCGCGGAAGCGGCAUCAAACACUCACCCUCCAAAAGGUACAGCGACGGAUUGAUGAGGAGCGCGCUGGCACCCGAAAAGGGAAGAGACGGGAUUUCAUGAGCUACAUCCUUGGUAACGAGAGUGAGAAUUUGAGUAACAUGGAUCUUUUUGGUAUGGCGAGCGCGUUGAUUGUGGCGGGCAGUAACACGACUACCUAUACGAUGAGCGCAUUUGUAUUCUUCGUUUGUGGGCAUUCGGACGCUUAUAAGAAGGUCAUUGCCGAGGUGCGGGGUAGGUUUGCGAGCGAAGAGGAGAUUACCAUGGUUGCUGCUGGUGAGCUGGUUUACUUGAAGGCCUGCAUCGAGGAGUCGAUGCGUGUAUCGCCGCCUACGCCAUCAGCUUUGCCGCGCUGGGUUCCAGAGGGUGGAGAGGAGAUAGAUGGAAAAUGGGUACCGGGAGGUGUAAGUAUUUGUUCGCGUCUCGGCCGUGGCGAGUUUGUACUGACUAGUCGACCAACAGACAGCUGUAGGCGUGCACAAUCUCUCAGCCUGUCACGCUCCAUGGAACUGGCAUCGGCCUCUUGA